AUGGACGAUGCUGAAGACGAAAACUACUCCUCUACAGAAGAUGCGCUUUCUCCUCGCCCGCGCAAAUCCGCUCGCCAUCACAAACACUCGGAUAUCACUCGUAACAAGGUAGCUCAUGUCCAGGUACCCUCUCUUCCUUCACUGAAGCCCUCCUCAAUAGUAAAUUCUCAUUGGCAACCACGGGCUAAAGAAAGGAAUGUAAUCGGUACUACAUAUGAACUCCCUUGUCUACGCUGCCCCAAUUUCUGUAUACUAUUGAUCUUUGUACUAUUAUAUCUUGUGUCCACCGUUCAAUGCACCGCCCCCCAGCCCUUAUCCUCCCUUUCCCUGAACGCGAAUGGUCUCAGCGACUUUGUUCAACGUGACCGUUACAUUCAGGACGCCGUACAAGCUUUGGACCCGCAUCUAAUUUCGAUAUCAGAGACUAAGUCCCAACACCUGGUGGGAAACCGCCUUCGACUUUCAAACUACAAUAUUUUUGAGAAUCCCGGCGUCCCUACUUCAAACAAGAAGGCUUCAAAAUGGGGCGUAAUCCUCGCUAUCAGGAAAGACAUUCACGCUCAACUAGUAACUGUUAUCCCCCGCCUUCGUGGCCGUGUAUGCGCCGCAGACUUACACUUGCCAGCCUCUAACGGAUUAUCCGUCCAACAUAGAGUGCUCUCCAUCUACGCCCCUUGGGAUCCGGGCGGGGAUGAUAUUCCUCUCUUCUGGCACGAUCUCGGCGACAUCUGCUCCGCUGCACCUCGUGGCCACUGGUCCAUGUACGGUGACUACAAUGCAACCCUCUCUUCCUGCGAAUACAUUUCAAUGCGACCCCACCGUCCACUGAAUACAGAAGCUUAUUCAAACUUUCUGCUUCGCUGUGGAGGUACCGAUCUUUGGUCACAACUAACAAACCGUGAUGCGUCCACUCACUACACCUACAAGGGGCCUUUUGGACAAACGAUAAUUGAUCGCGUGGCGUGCUCCUCCCAAAGCAUGCUUGAAUCGCACAUAUCUGUCUACAGGAAAUUCUUCGGAUCCACAGACCAUCGCGCUCUCUUCGCUCGUGUCUUUUUAUCCUCUGAUGUUACUCUCACAAAUUCCUAUCGACAGCCACUCAACUCCUUUACCCCUCGCUUCUCCUAUCCGCGAAAGGGGGAAACUCAACGGUUUCACACCUUUUCCUCAAAUGUGGCGGCAUUGCUGAAGGGAAAACCGAAUCUAAUGACCGAGAUCAACAGCGAACCGGAAUUUGACACUGUGUACCACACAUAUUCAGAGGUUCUCAUGUCUUCUGCCCAGUUUGCGUUCCGAAAACCUUCGUUUUACCAGCCAUCAACCCCUCCAAAUCGCAACAUCUCUUCCUUCACAAUUAAACAGCUCCUUAGAGAGACGAAACGAGUGAAUCGCCUCAUUUACGCCCUCAAACAGCCCGAUGCUUUUACCUCAUUCCCCCUAGUUGUCCACAAAAACCCCUGGUCCCUUCCCUUCAUUGCCUCAUUUGACCCCUCCCUAUCCUAUGCUUUACGACAACACCUUCCUACCCCAAACCUUUCCCUACAAUUCAAUAAUCUACUCGACUACCUCAAAUCUGUCCGCUCAUCCUUAGCGAAACUCCGUUAUCGCGAGGAAAAAUCAUUGCUUCGUCAAAAAGCGGUCUCCUCAUCCCGCAACCUCGUCAAUUCUGUUCUUCUUGGUGGAUCUGCAAAACGGUUAUUCCCUUCUCUCAACGCACGUCCUCCACUCGUCCUCUCUCUUUCUAACAACCCGAACACCUUCCUCACUGAUCCAGCUACAGCAGGACGAGGUUAG